AUGUCUUCCGAGGCAACUCAGCGCUUGCAGUCAGGUGAUGGCACUGAAGAUUCUACACAACGUGGAUGUACGUCGUGGCUACUCAUCUCAGUUGUUGUUCUUACUGUGACAACUGCCUUUGUAUUCGGCUGGGGUCUAGGAGCUCCUAAUAUGUAUAACAAAUACACCGAACCAUUCUUGAAAGGAGAAGAUCCAUGUGUUGUCAAAACAGUAGCGUCAACAGCAGCCCCGCUUGCAUUGGACAACCAAAAUGUAGUAGAAAGAUAUGAUCCAGGAAAUAAUGAACUUCGUAAAGAUGGAGAUGAUAAUGUCAAUGCAGAAGGACGCCCUUUAUCCGACCCAAUCAAAGAACCAUUCAGUUUCGUUGUUGAAUUAGUCAAAGGCAUCCCACAGACCGUAUUUCUUAUCGGUGCAUUUAUUGGAGCAGUCACAGGACCAAUCUGGCCAGCGCACUUCGAUCGUAAACGUACUGUUUUUGCUAAUUACAUCUUUUGUUUUGCAUCGUCACUAUGCGUCUUACUAUCGGCUUAUUUGGGCAAAGCAUGGCUUUUCUAUCUGAGUCGACUUCUACUUGGUUAUCAAGGUGGCAUGGCGUGUGUUAUUGUACCGCCAUUCAUUGGUGAAAUUUCUUCACAGCGUGUUCGUGGUGCAGCAGGCGCUGCUUUUCAACUUGCUUUGACAAUCGGUAUUCUUAUUGCACAAGUUGUUGGCUUACCAUCCAUUGCCGGAACAUGUACUGGCUGGGGUUGGGGCCUUGCCAUUGUCUUCUUGUUACCAUUGGCUGGUUUAUUUCUUCUGUUUCUUCUACCAAACUCGCCUACUCAAAUGAUCACCAAAUACAACGAUGAAGAACAAGCAGUUAAAGAUUUGAAAAAACUUCGUGGAACAAGCAAUGUACAUGCUGAUUUGGACAUUCUUCGUGACCAAUCAAGACAAAACAGUGGAAACAAAACAGAAUCAUUGUCGAUUCCUCAAGUAAUUGCAUCAGCUCGCUACCGUUGGCCCAUGUUGGUGACUGUCAUCCUUCAAUUAUCUCAAGCUUUGUCGGGUAUCAAUGCAGUGUUUUUCUAUUCAUCAAAAAUGUUCGAAAAAGCUGGAAUUUCUGACAGUAAUAUUCCCUAUGCCAACAUCGGCACAGGAGCCAUCAAUGUAAUUGCCACAAUCUUUUCGGUAUUGUUGAUUGAAAAACUUGGUCGUCGAGCAUUAGUUAUCUAUCCAAUGGCUGUUAUGGUUGCUGUAUUCGGAGUUCUCACAGUUCUUGUCCAACUCAAUGAAAGUCGAAACAGUUCAACGCUCGGUUUAGUAUCAGUUGUAUUCAUCUUGAUAUUCAUCGUAUGCUUUGCUGUUGGUCUUGGUCCAAUUCCAUUCUUAUUCGGAAGUGAAGUUUGCCGACCAGAAGCUCGAGACAGUGUUCAAUCAUUAGGUUUAGUCGCAAAUUACUUGGGAAAUAUUCUUCUCUCGUUAUUCUUUCCUGCACUCAAUUCAAUUUUAGGUGGUUAUGUCUUUUUGAUCUUUCUUGUCCUUGUCCUCAUUAACGUUAUCUUCCUCUGGUUUAAAAUGCCCGAAACCAAAAAUAAAACAAUCGAAGACGCCGAACGUUUCUGGAAGAUUCCAGCAGCACCGUCAACAAAAGAAGCAUCACUUCUAUCACCAGCCAAUGCAUGA